UGCCACUAACACACAAGGGAAGUCGCACAUGCUUCUUGAGGUUGAGAAAACAACCAUGAGUCUGAAACAACAGGAAAACUACACCAGAAUGGAUAAUGACACACUGGCCAUGUUUGACAACAAAUUGGCCAGUGAUCUUGUCUCGGCCAUCUAUAUUGUUGUGACUCUGGCCAACCUCAGCGGCAACGGUGUCUCUCUGUUUCUGCUGUUGAUGCGUACCUCACCGAAGACUUCCUCCAUCAUCUUCAUGAUCAACCUCACCCUAACUGACCUGUUACUGGGCGCCAUGCUCCCCUUUCAGAUCAUGUACCAAAUGCAGGGCUUCAACUGGAUCUUGGGCACAGGGAUGUGCAACGUAUUGACUGUGGCAUUCUAUGCCAACAUGUAUUGCUCUAUUUUGUCCAUGACGGCCAUUAGCACUGACCGUUACCUGGGCAUUGUGAAACCGAUGCGCUUCAGAGAACUGAGGGAGAAGAAAUCGUACGCCGUUGUCGCCUGUAUUUUUAUGUGGCUGUUGGUCCUCGCGAUUCUGAGCCCAUUGGAAAGCUCAGACUUGACAUUUUAUGUAAGAGAGCGCAACAUUACCACCUGUUUUGACGUGUUAAGGAAGGACAUGCUCCCAACUUCUGCUCACUGGGCGGCAUUCCUGUUCAGCAUGUUCAUCAUUCUCUUCCUCUGUCCCUUCAUUAUAACAGUGUAUUGCUACUUUAACAUCAUCUUUGUGCUGGUUAGAAAGGCCAAUAGUCAACAAAAAGGUCGUGCUGUGCGCUUGGCAUGCUCUGUCCUGUUUGUGUUCAUUUUUUGUUUCACUCCCAAUAACAUACUACUCUUGGCUCACUCAAUUACAAGACUGUACUAUGGGAAAUCUCUCUAUAUCUACUACAAGCUCUCCCUGUCCCUUAGCUGCAUUAACAGUUGCAUUGAUCCAUUUAUAUAUUAUUUUGCCUCCAAAGAGUUCCGUAAAAAGCUAAGGCAAUUGCUGCGGUUGCAGACUCUUAGCACAGUAGAGACUCAGAUGAUUGAGGGUCAUAGGGAGAGCUUUUUCUCUGGUCGCACAACGUGCAAUGCACAUGAAGACUGUGACAAUUUUUAAAGUUGAAGUGUGUCAUUAUUUUUCCAUGUUAAAAAACAGUUUCUCCUAUCACAGGUUAUUAUGCAGAGACUACUAUUAGUUAAGUUAAAGUGUCAACUCUGUGGCUUUGUGGUGCUAUCAAACAUUGCUCUGUUUGCUUGAGCAUCCCAGCUAGCCACAAAUAGCAGCAUUGGCUCAACCAAUGACAUGAGUUUGGGGUGGGACUAUUUGUUUGACCAGUGGAAGAUCGUGAAUCUUCAAGAGUGUCCUAUUUGAAAAAGGAAAGGCAUGGAAAUUACACACCUCAACUUUAAAAGAAUAGUUCACAUUCUCAUUAUUGACUUACCCUUAACCACCAGCCUAUGACUCUGACACCAUUUUUUAUAUUUUUAGUCUAAUCAGUAUAGUUCAGACUCUUCCCAUUAUUUUUUUCUUUCUUGUUGUUUUGUAGCAUAUUACUUUGGUUCUGUUUUGAUUUCCUGACUGAGCAACUGAGGAACAGCUUACUGCUCACAUGCCCUUUCAAAACGGCAUGUGAUGUUUGUGUUUUUAUGUUUUUUUAUCUGAUAUCAGAAAACCAAGUUCCUCUCACUGAAGCUUUUACAUUUUUAUACACUAUUGUGUGAUUACUCUUUAGUGGCUAUUUCAGUAUUUAUUUCAUGGCUGAACUGUGAUCUGGCAGGGUCUGACUCCUAAAAGUAUAAAACGACAAUUUGGCAGCUGUGUAUCCUUGAAAUAUGAAUUAUUUUUACACUCUAAAAUGUAUGGAUUUACCACAUUUAAAAGAUCUUUCUUUUUACAUGACUUUGGCUAAGCUGUUUUAAUAUUUAUUUACUUAGUUUUACUUAAGCUGUUUAUGAAGAA